UUCCGUCAGUGGGGUGCAGUAGUUCUGCUGGGGGCCGGACUGGACCCGUGGGUGCCCCCCUCAGGGCGUGGUCGCGUGGACGCGCACGAGGAGGAGACGAAGCCGGCUGCGCGCUCCCGUGUGACAGACGCACGCCGACACGGACACACGAGCAGAGCGCAGCCGGUACCAGACACCGACACACGGAACCAACAUGAGGGAGAUCGUUCACAUCCAGGCCGGACAGUGCGGGAACCAGAUCGGGACCAAGUUCUGGGAAGUGAUCAGUGACGAGCACGGCAUCGAUCCAGCGGGGAGCUACGUGGGCGACUCAUCACUGCAGCUGGACAGGAUCAACGUCUACUACAAUGAGGCCUCCUCACAUAAAUACGUCCCCCGGGCCGUGUUGGUCGACCUGGAACCAGGAACCAUGGACAGCGUUCGCUCGGGAGCCUUCGGGCAGCUCUUCAGACCGGACAACUUCAUCUUUGGUCAGACAGGUGCUGGGAACAACUGGGCCAAAGGUCACUACACGGAGGGGGCGGAGCUCGUGGACUCGGUCCUGGACAUCGUGAGGAAGGAGUGUGAGCACUGCGACUGUCUCCAGGGUUUCCAGCUGACUCACUCUCUGGGAGGCGGCACCGGCUCAGGUAUGGGCACCCUGCUGAUCAGCAAGAUCCGGGAGGAGUACCCGGAUCGGAUCAUGAACACCUUCAGCGUCAUGCCCUCGCCCAAGGUGUCAGAUACCGUGGUGGAGCCCUACAACGCCACCCUGUCGGUCCACCAGCUGGUUGAAAACACUGAUGAGACCUACUGCAUCGACAACGAGGCCCUUUACGACAUCUGCUUCCGCACUCUUAAACUCACCACACCCACUUACGGUGACCUCAACCACCUGGUGUCGGCCACCAUGAGCGGCGUGACGACCUCGCUCCGUUUCCCCGGGCAGCUGAACGCAGAUCUUCGCAAGCUGGCCGUCAACAUGGUGCCCUUCCCCAGGCUGCACUUCUUCAUGCCGGGAUUUGCUCCCCUGACAGCGCGAGGGAGCCAGCAAUACCGAGCGCUUACCGUUCCCGAGCUCACCCAGCAGAUGUUCGACGCCAGAAACAUGAUGGCAGCCUGCGACCCUCGCCACGGACGAUACCUGACUGUCGCCACCGUCUUCCGCGGGCCCAUGUCCAUGAAGGAAGUGGACGAGCAGAUGCUGAACGUCCAGAACAAGAACAGCAGCUACUUCGUGGAGUGGAUCCCCAACAACGUGAAGGUGGCCGUCUGCGACAUCGCUCCCCGGGGCCUCAAGAUGGCCGCCACCUUCAUCGGCAACAGCACGGCCAUCCAGGAGCUGUUCAAGCGGAUCUCAGAGCAGUUCUCGGCCAUGUUCCGCCGAAAGGCUUUCCUGCACUGGUUCACGGGUGAAGGCAUGGAUGAGAUGGAGUUCACCGAGGCGGAGAGCAACAUGAACGACCUGGUGUCCGAGUACCAGCAGUACCAGGAGGCCACCGCCAACGACGGCGAGGAGAACUUUGAGGACGAGGAGGACGACAUCGUUGAGUAAGGAGACAGAACAAGACUGGAGCUGGACUGCAGAGCAGCAGUGUGACGAGCCAAUCACAGGGCAGGAAGACAACUUCAGCCCAAUCGAUUAGAGGCAGAGGCGGGUCAUCGUCUGCAGAGUUAAACUUCCCUGUUGUUGAAGGUUCAGACGACGUGUGAAUAAAAGGAGCAGCUGUGUUUGAUGAGGAUCACUGCUGGUGGAAAACAAGUCUCCAGAGAAACAGCUGAUCCUGGAUCAAUGUGUUUUAUUAUUAUUAUUAUUAUUAUUAUUAUUAUUAUUAUUGGUGUUCCAACUUUUAAAACCAUCAACACAGUUUACUUUAACUCCAACUUGUUACCGUGUUUGGAUCAAGAGAAAACUCGUCACUGUGGUUAAAUAUCAAACUCACAUAAAUAUGAAUUAAAUAACUAUUUUUCUCUGUGAUGUUUCGUUCAGAGAGGCUGAUGCUGUCAGAUCAAUUUAUUCUCUUGAUGUAGAAUUAACACAAACAGGAUUCUCAGCUUUGCUUUUUUAUUUGUAGUGAUGAUUUUGAAAAAUCUGCAGCUGCUCAAGUUUUCACACAUAAAAAUACUGAAAUUCCUCCAAAAAUCAAACAAUAAAUAAAUAAAAACACA